UAGUUUAUGGCUUUGAUGGUAGACAAUCAGCAGUCGAAUUUCAAACACUUUUGCAGAAUUUGCAAGAAGGGUUUUGGGUGUGGAAGAGCUCUGGGGGGGCACAUGAGAGCUCAUGGGAUCGGUGACGAGGGCGGCCACAUCGACGAUGAAGAUCCCGUCAGCGAUUGGGAGGACAAGCUCGGCGGGGGGGAUCCGCCUAGCAACAAGCGCAUGUACGCCCUCCGCACAAACCCUAAUCGGCUCAAGAGCUGCCGGGUGUGCGAGAACUGCGGCAAGGAAUUCUUGUCCUGGAAAUCCUUCUUGGAGCACGGGAAGUGCAGCUCGGACGACGCCGAGUCGCUCGUGUCGUCCCCAGGUUCGGACGGCGAGGAGGGCGUCGGGCGGAGAGGCUGCGGGUGGUCCAAAAGGAAGCGGUCCCUGAGGGCUAAAGUGGGCAACUUCAACUCGAAUUGCCCGUCCAGCGAGGAGGAAGACCUUGCCAACUGUUUGAUGAUGUUGUCUAACGCCACCGUGGAUCCCAUGGUAGCGGAGCCCGAGGAGUCUUGUGCCUCCGCGAGCAAGGAAGAAGAGCGGCGAGCGCACCCCCUGGGGUUCGCCGCUGCAAUGUCUUGUCGGGUCCCGGCCGACAAGGCCAAGGGGGUGGCCAAAGGACUCUUCGAGUGCAAGGCGUGCAAGAAAGUGUUCAAUUCCCACCAAGCAUUGGGCGGGCAUAGGGCCAGCCACAAGAAGGUUAAAGGGUGUUUCGCGGCGCGAUUGGAUCGCCUCGACGACAGCCUGGCCGACGAAGAUGUGAUCACGCAGGAGGAGUUCUUCGCACCGUCGAAAUCCGCGAUGCUGCAAUUCGAGCACGGUUCGAGUGCGGCAUUCGCACUCGCUUCAAAGAGAAAAUCGAAGGUGCACGAAUGCUCGAUCUGCCACCGGGUCUUCUCGUCGGGGCAAGCUCUAGGAGGACACAAGAGGUGUCAUUGGAUCACUUCCAAUUCACCAGAAACAUCUUCCUUAGCUAAGCUCAACCAGUUACAAGAUCAAAUAGAGCAAGUCCAGCAAAGGCCCAAGUUCAUCAACAAACCCGAACCGCUGGAUCUCAAUCUGCCUGCGCCGGUCGACGACAUGGCGGGCGGCUUAAGGCGGGAUCCUGUGAACCCGUUGAGCUUCGAAGUUUCGACGGAAAUCUACCUACAAUCAUGGAUGGGCGUCGACGCCGACGCCAAAGAAAAAGAAGACAAAGAUAACUACCAUCACUACCAAAAGGAUAUUGAAGAAGAUCAGAACAACAAUAAUAGUAACACAUCAAUGCACAAUAAUGUGGAUGAUGAAGCAGACAGUAAGGUGAAGUUAGCAAAGCUAAGUGAGCUAAAGGACAUGAGCACGAGUGGUGGUUCCUCUCCAUGGUUGCAGGUGGGGAUUGGUUCAACCACUGAUAUUGGAGCUGACUGUUAGAUUUUUUUUUUUUUUCAAUUUUUUUUCCUUCUUGGAAGGAAAGUGAGGAUUAAUUUUUCUCAGUAAACUAUUGUAUCGAGAAACUGUAAUUAAACAGAUUCAAAAAGCUCAUAAUUCAUUAUUGUUUUUCAUUCUUUU